CGUAAAAACUGCCAAUAAUUUCGUUAUAAAUAUAUCUGAAAAAGAAUACGAAGAAAUAAAACCGAAAAUUAUAUAUUUAUUUGCUCACUUUUCUAAUUUUGUAGUGAUCUUAUAGUUAUUUUAUUCUGUAAUCUGUGAGUCUAUUCUCUGGUAAUCGCGUAACAAUAACAUGAAGCUUUGAAUUGUGACGCUAUGGUGUAGAAGACUGGACACUGAGCUGGGCUCGGUCCGUCAGAGAGCGAUCGUGUGAGGCGCGAGGAGAGAAGAGAGCCAGUGCGAUGUCGAACGUGGAGAACGUGUGCCCGCAGGUACUGCGCGGCGUGGGGCGGGAGCUGCGGCGGCUGGCGGCGCAUCCGCCCGCGGGCAUCAAGCUGCUGCUGCGUGACGACGACUUCACCGACGUCGUGGCGCUUAUCGAAGGCCCGGCCGGAACGCCGUACGCGGGCGGGGUGUUCCGAGUGCGGUUGGCGCUAGGGCGCGAGUUCCCGGCCGCGCCGCCGCGCGCCUACUUCCUCACCAAGAUCUUCCACCCCAACGUGUCGGCCGGCGGCGAGGUGUGCGUCAACACGCUCAAGCGCGACUGGCGGCCCGAGCUGGGGCUGGAGCACGCGCUGCUGGCCGUCAAGUGCCUGCUCAUCGCGCCCAACCCUGACUCCGCGCUCAACGCCGACGCCGCGGCGCUGCUGCACGAGCGCUACGACGACUACGCGGCGCGCGCCCGCCUCUACACCGACAUCCACGCGCGUCCCCAGUCCGCCCAGUCGCAGCAGGAGGCGGAGGGCGCGGAGGGCCGCAUCCCGGAGGCGGACGCGGCCGAGGCGCCGGCCGGCGGCGAGGCUGCGGAGGGGCCGCGCGCCAAGCGCGAGCGACGGGGCGCGGGGGCGGGCGCCGGGGGCGCGGCGCGCGACCGCCGCCGCAUCCUCAAGCGCUUAUGA